AUCCAAACCCUUUUAUACGACCUACCCUACAAAUUACACAUAUUUAAAACGUAUGAUGUUACGUGCUUUCCUACCUAGACAACCUUUACUUUUAGGACCAACACAGAAUUUAGUUCGUUGUUUGCUGAUGAGUCACUCUGCCGUAUCCCUGACGUUAUCUAAUAGUAGCAGUAACAACAAUAGCAACAGGCCACUUGUUUUAGUCAAGUCAUGUGGUGACCUCCCACAAGCAAAACUACCCGAAUAUAUCAAGUCAACUCAAGGUAGGCUAUACCAUAUCAUAUGGAGAUCAGCGCCACCUCAGAAUGUAUUCCUUGUUAAGAAGCCGUGGGAUACUACCGUCCGGGAGGCGAUGAUUGAAUUGAUAAACCAUCUACACCAGCAGUACCCUGCAGUGAAUGUUAUAGUUAGUGAAGAUGUUGCAGAUGAAUUAGUGCACGAAACAAGCACAAUUACAAAGCUAUUUGAUCCCAGUAUUCGACAUAUAAUAUAUACUGGUACAAAGCUGGAAAUUGUUGACAAGACUGAUUUAAUGGUUACAUUAGGUGGAGAUGGGACAAUUUUACGUGGGGUUAGUAUAUUUCUGAAUUCAAUUGUUCCUCCAGUGUUGCUGUUUGCUAUGGGGACCCUUGGGUUCUUAUUGCCAUUUGAUUUUAAACAUUGUCAAGAUACUUUUAAAAUGGUAUAUGAAAAUCGAAGUAAAGCAUUACAUAGAAAUCGUCUUGAAUGUCAUGUGCAUCGUGAACAUUGUGUUACGCCAGACUGUGAGAACGAAGAACCAAUUGAAAUGAUUCAUGCUAUGAAUGACAUUUCCUUACACCGAGGUAAUUUACCAAAUCUUACUGCCGUGGAUAUCUUUAUUGAUGAUGAGUUCUUUACCACAACAGUGGCUGAUGGGUUGGUAUUUGCGACUCCUACUGGUUCAACAGCAUAUUCACUUUCUGCCGGUGGUUCAAUUACUCACCCGUUAGUUCCUUGUAUCUUGCUUACACCGAUUUGUCCUAGAUCUCUUUCAUUCCGUCCAUUGAUUCUCCCAAAUUCUUCCGACAUUAAGAUCCGAUUAUCAAAAAAUAACAAUAGAAAUCAAUCAAUUGAGUUAACAAUUGACGGAAUACCCCAGCCUGAUUUAAGACCAGGUGAUGAAUUACAUGUCAGGCUGGAAGAACAAAUCAAAUGCGAUCAUGACAAACAACAGCCAGUAAAUGGAAUAAUGUGUAUCGCCAAAGGUAAAAAUGAUUGGACUAAAGAUAUUAAUGAAUUAUUAGGAUUUAAUAGUGGGUUUAAAAGUCAAACAAAUAGAAAGUCGAAUUUGUAAAUCCUGUUUAUAUAUGGCAUGAACAAUAAUUAUAUUACAUCGUAGUUACAAAUGUAGCCGGAGCUACCAUAUUUCGUUGUAAGUUCCUAGAGAAAAUGUUUACCAAUUCUUAGUUUUGCAUGGGACCCAAAUAUCUCGUAGAUUUGCAAUAAUAGAAGAAAUCCUGCAUAUAUAUAUAUCCUGUUCGUUAAUAUAAAUCCGUUGCCGU